GACAUGAGCAGAAAUACAGCAUGCAGGAUUAGCAGUACUAAAAUCAUGGAAGCAUGGGUCUGCCGUCUGUGGGGGAACGCGUAUUUCGAGGCAAUUAUACAACUAGACGAUGGUCCUCGCGAGCUGAUGACGAUCGAGCGGAGCCACGAGAGCUCAGCUGCACUGCACCUGCACCAACCACCACACAUGGAAACGGAGGGAGAGCGAGAGUGAGACUGGGCAACUGGCUAUGCUUCUUCCUUCCUGGUAGCUUUGCCACCGCCAUCCAUCCAUGCACUCCUUCAUACACAUACACAUACUGCCAUGGAGUAGAUCGUAUUCAACCUUGGGGUUGGUUGCCCAGCUGAAGAUGGGAGCUGGAGAGCAACGAGACAAGCGCGGCGGUGUGCGCGCAUCGCGACAGCUCUAGAAGAAGAGAGGAGACCGCAGCAGAAGCAGCCAGCCACGCUCCUCCUAACCCUCUCUCCCCUCAUCCUAAUACAAAAUUCAGGGCGCCUCCAAAAGAGAUCCGCCCUGAUAGAUGGAUCGUCCCCCACGCUGCAUCGUCGUCAGCCCAAUCAUUGCCUCAUUUGUUCCCUUCCUCCUCCUCCUCCUCGUCUCAUCCUCCGUCGUCAUCCCGGCCUCGGCUGGAGGCGGCGGCGGCAACGGCACGGCGGCGCCGUUCCGGUCGGGCGAGGAGCUGCUCCGGCUCCAGAGGAUCAAGGCCCGGCUCGCCAGGACCAGGGACGCCUCCGUCAAGACUAUCCAGAGCCCCGAUGGCGAUGUCAUCGACUGCGUGCCGACGCAGCUGCAGCCCGCGUUCGAGCAUCCCAAGCUCAGGGGGCACAGACCAGAGAGAGAGCCAGCGGAGAGGCCGGGGAGCAGCAGUGGCCGCGUCGACGCUGAUGAUCGAGACGACGAGGACGCAUUGCCGCAGGUGUGGCGGCGCUCCGGCGAGUCGUGCCCGGAGGGGACGAUACCGGUGCGGCGGACCACGGAGGCCGAAGUGCUCCGGGCCAGCUCCGUCGGCCGGUUCGGGAUGAAGGCCCGGGGUGGCGGCGGCGGAUUCGCGCGGCGCGACUCCACCGGCAGCGGCCAUGAGCACGCGGUGGGGUACGUGUCGGGGGGGCAGUUCUACGGCGCCAAGGCGAGCCUGAACGUGUGGCCGGCGCAGGUGGCGUCGCCGGCGGAGUUCAGCCUCUCGCAGAUCUGGGUCAUCUCCGGCGCCUUCGGCAACGACCUCAACACCAUCGAGGCUGGCUGGCAGGUAAGCCCUCAGCUGUACGGUGACAACAACCCAAGGUUCUUCACAUACUGGACAGUAAGCUCCCUCUCUCUUCUUCAGAAUUCAUACUGGACAGCAAAGCAAAUGCCGUGCGUACGUGCAGGACGACGCGUACCGGGAGACGGGCUGCUACAACCUGCACUGCUCGGGGUUCGUGCAGACGAGCAGCCGCGUGGCCAUCGGCGCCGCCAUCUCGCCGAUCUCGUCCUCCGGCGGGCGGCAGUUCGACAUCACCGUGCUCAUCUGGAAGGACCCGCGGCGGGGCCACUGGUGGCUGCAGCUCGGCGCCGGCGCGCUCGUCGGCUACUGGCCGUCCUCGCUGUUCACGCACCUGGGCUCCCGCGCCGACAUGGUGCAGUUCGGCGGCGAGGUCGUGAACGCGCGGCCGGCCGGCGCGCCGCACACGCCCACGCAGAUGGGCUCCGGCCGCUUCCCCGGGGAAGGCUACGCGCGCGCCGCCUACUUCCGCAACGUGCAGGUCGUCGACUGGGACAACAGCCUCGUGCCCGCCGCCGGGCUCCGGCUCCUCGCCGACCGGCCGGGCUGCUACGACAUCGCCGGCGGCAGCGGCGGUGCCUGGGGCACCUACUUCUACUACGGCGGGCCUGGCCGGAACGCGCGGUGCCCAUAGGCCUGCAGGAGCAAGCUAGGAAGUAGGAACGGAACCGGAUGGGUGUUUGUGUUUCUUUCUUUACGUAGUACGUGCUGAUCACUGAUCAAGAACAAGGCAAAUAUAAAAAUUCAAAAAAAAAGAACAAGGCAAAUAUAUGUGGCAAAAUUAAAUUUUUGAUUCU